UCUCUGUAAUGACCCACAGUUCCUGGUGCACUUCUGGUUAAAAAGUCUGCACACCAUGAACAUCUCCAUCCCCUCCAUCCUGCUCGGUCUGGGAGGAAAAUGUCUGCUCAACUGGGCCCUGGUGUUUCUCCAGAGGAACCACAUCUGUAAAAGCUUCCUGGGGGUUUUCAGUGUUUCCCUCGCUGUCGUCGACUCAAUCCUGACUCUCUCUGUCACCACCCUUCACGUCCACGCUGAGGAACACACCGUCCUCCUGGGCUUGAAGCUGACCAGGUACCACGUAUGUUUGCUGGUUCAAAUCCUUGGACAAGUCUACAUUUCUCUGCAGUGGCCUGUCGUAGUUGUGGCCGGUUUGGACCAUUUCUUUGCUGUCACUCGAAGGUUGCAACCCACCACCGUCCGAGCCAGACGGAUUGUCUACAUAAUUGUGACUGGCUUCCUGUGGUACCUCACUGCUCUCUACGUCUUCUUGCUGUCUGACUUCAUUCCUGUCAUGGAGGACGUGCCUCACCACCAGAUACACCAGUGCUGGGUCUUCCACACCACUCACAUCCUGCAGGUUGCCAUGUUUCUCCUCCUGAUUCUGGGCUGUGCAGCGUUGCAUGCUUGGCGCCGCACACUUAUGUUGCAAAAUUCUCCUCUGAGCGACCAAAUUACAGAUAAAAGUAGAGCUCACUCCAGAAGAAGUGUUGUUCACCAAGCCCUGCAUACAUUUCUGAACACAUGGGCUUUAUUCCUGGGUUUUCUGUCUGCGCUCCUCCUGCUGCCUGUGGGAAUACCUGCAUACCUGGGUCUUAACAUUGCCUGGCUCUGCUUCCUCAACAGCCUUCUAAUAACAGUAGUUUUAUGUGCAGUCUGUCCAGGCUCGCAGCUAGCACAGGGCCUGGCAGCAGUUCCUGCCGACAGCUUCUGUGAGUGGAGAUUUAAAUUUAGCCUGGCUGCAGAGGAUAGAACUGACUGCUCGAAGCAAGUAAACCAGCCAAAACAGGACUUGUGUUAGAAGAAGUGGAAUUAGCUGCUGAGACUUCAGUGUCUUUGAGAAAGAAGGUAAUUUGUAUUUCUAAAUUCUAAAUUUCUAAACACACACACACACAUACACCCACUGAAUACAUCUCACCCAUCAUUCAUACCAAGCACUCUCUCAUCUUUCCUGCGAGCACAUCCUAACCAUAACAUUAAAAGAACAACUUGCCAACUCUGACACUAAGUGGAUAAUAAACAUUCUAAUGUGGAUAAAGUGCUAAGUAACAGUACAAACUACAUCAUUAAAAAAGUAUAGCUUCAUUUAAGACUGUUUAAGAAGCUAUUCCUAAAUCUACUAGUCCUUGUUUUUAGACAUCUGUAACGUCUCCCUGAGGGCAAGAGUUCAAACAGUGGGUGACCAGGGUGAGAACAGUUACGUGUAAUUUUGGUGGCUUUUGAGAGCAGUCUUGAGUUGGCAAUUUCCUCUAGAGAGGGAAGCAGACAAGCAACAAUCUUCUGUGCUGUGUUGAUCCCUCUCUGUGUUUGUUUUAUGUCUGCUACAUAACAUCCAGCAUACCGCACAGUACACCAG